UUUCAGCUUGUGCUUUAUCGUCACAUGAUCAUCUAACGCCCGACCUGCUCGAGAUGGUAAAACGCGGGAAAGAAAAAAACAUGAAUUCAAAGAUCGAUAUUAACAUUGUUCUUGUGACAUUCACGGACACGUUUAGAGGGUCCACAUGAUCAUCGUUGUCCAACUGGGUGCCCAUGACCUCCUCUCAUUCUGCAGUGACAUCCUCUUGUAAAGCGACCCGUUCUUCACAAGUUGCUGCCUGGUGAUGCUGCUGCUGAUGAUAACAGCCAAAUGCUGCUGCAGUUUGUGCCUGGUGAUGAUGCUGCUGAUGAUGACAUAUACACUGCUGCUGCAGUUGGUGUCAGGUGGUGAUGCUGCUGAUGAUGACAGGCAAAUUCUGCUGCUGCAGUGAAUGCCUGAUGAUGGUGCUGUAUUAUACAUGUUCAUACCUACGCAAUUGCAAACUUAAAAUUUGACCAUAAAAUAACUUUAACUGGAGUAUCAUUCAAUGUCUGGUAAAUAAUGCAAGAAAGAUUUUUAGACUUUUAAUUUUUGAUUUAGACUUUAAAUCUGUUAUUUAAUAGGAAAUCAUUUAAAUUUGUUCAUGAUACAUGGGUUAUUGCCAUAACGGUCUGAGUGUUGAAAAGAAUUGCAGUAAAAAUAUUGUUGACAUUUGUUAUGUUGAUGAAGAGACUUUAAAUGAUUAGUUUAAAAAUAUUUAUUUUAGCUUGAUUGCAUUGAAAGCCUCAGGCUUAUUAAAAGGCUCUAAGAGUUUGUUUCCUGGGCCUAGAACCAGUACUUGGUGUCUUUUGGGGGAGAUUUAAAGAACGCUCCAACAGUGGGGAUUGAACCCAUGAUUCCCGGCCACUAGGCGGACACUAUAUCUAUUACACCACGGCGACUGUCUUAUUUGCUGUUUUAGGGACAUAAUGUAUGACCUAUUAUUUCAGGUGUCGUUUUGUAAUAUCCAUGUUCACAUGUUUAGAUGUUUGAUUCAGAAAUGCAGCUGACAAGUUGAAUUGAUUGAACAUGAUCCUGUCUCACCAAGACCAGUAGCUGUGAGCUGAGCCUGAUCCUGUCUCACCAAGACCAGUAGCUGUGAGCUGAGCCUGAUCCUGUCCCACCAAGACCAGUAGCUGUGAGCUGAGCCUGAUCCUGUCUCACCAAGACCAGUAGCUGUGAGCUGAGCCUGAUCCUGUCUCACCAAGACCAGUAGCUGUGAGCUGAGCCUGAUCAUCUUGUGCACGUUCUCAUGUAGAAAGAAAGCUACCAUGAGAUUGCUGAUUUGGACAUUUUGAGAUAAUUCAUUAGGAUUGAAGCUCUCUUUGAUGUCCAUUAUUUGAAAAAUUAUGAGCUUUAUGGUUCCACGGCGCUACAACAGCGGCGAGUAUGGCGGCGGUGGGGCCGGAUACGUCGGCGGCGGCGGUGGGUAUGGCACGUGGGGCGGCCACAAGUCCACCAGCUACGAUUAUACAGACGCUGCUGGUCUCCAAAACAACAGCUCAACGCAUUCCUUGAAUUCCGCAAAGUCGUCGCGCGCGAGGAAGGCAAGCACAUGCGGGCUUAUCAUACUGCUGAUAUUGGGAGCGCUGCUGCUAGCGUUCGGAAUUGGGCUCCUCGUGUACUACCUUUUACACGCAUCUGCUGACGCUGCCAGAUAUCACACGUCAACUGCCCCCACCGACGUCACGUUACACAACGUGCCGUAUCAUCACAACAUGGCGAACAUGUCGUCGAAGGAGUUCUUGAACGUAGCCAACCCCUUCUGUGAACAGACCAACCAAGGAACCCAUUGUGUGCGAAUGUGCAGGCAUUUAUAAUAAAACAGGGCUAAAGGAAUACAUAGCAGAAGGGGCGGUGAAAUUUCGACCUGCAGUUUCGUGGUGAACACAAGGGCCUGUCCUUCGACAUCCCAACCAUCCUGAAGGCCAACACCAUAAGGACAGAUGGAGCAGGUUACCAGGCCUUGUUCCUUGACAAAAUUCUUGUGGGAAUGGAGCCGAAAAAUACUGGAAUACUCACCCCCAUUCCUGAGAAACCAGUUGGUGUUGUAGCAAACCUGACGGUGUGGGUGUACACCCUCUCCUACUCGGGGAUCCUCAGGGACCGCAACUCUAGGGCUUUCCUGGACCUCGCAAACCCAUUCUGUGAAGACAUUGGGCGAAUCAUUCUUGAAAGCUACCUCCGAGAUCGAUAUGUCAGCUGUGAGGUGUUUGGUUUCGGUGCGAUGCCCGAUGUUGCCAUAGCCCAUGUUCGGUUUGCUGGAGACUCGACAAAGGAACUCGAACUCUAUCUCGCGAGACUCAUUAUGGAUCGUGCACGAAAUGUCACAGUGGAGGGUCGGCGUCCCAAGAUGCUUGGCACGCUUCUGAUCACCCCCGCAGACGGGGAUGGCAAGAUAACCGUGCUGCCGAUAUCCGUGAACCCGACCAUAAUGUCAACACCGACGACACCUUCUGACAUUGACGAGUGCCUGGAACUCGGCAUCUGUAAGAACGGAGGAACCUGUAUCAACACCCAGGGAUCCUUCUUGUGUAACUGCCCCCCAGAAUGGACCGGAAAGUUUUGCGAAAUCGAUGUGAAUGAAUGUCUAACGGGCCUGUCUCGGUGUGAGAACGGCGGUACAUGCGUGAACGAGAUUGGCGGCUACAAGUGCCUGUGUCCCCCGGGAUUUACUGGACCCUUCUGUUCAGCUGACAUCAAUGAAUGCAGUCUGAACCCGUGUCUCAAUGGUGCUACAUGUAUCAACAACCUUGCAUCUUUUGUGUGCGUCUGUCUUCCGGAUUACACUGGACGCCUAUGCGAGAUUGGUAUCUUUACGGCCUCCAAGCUGUCUUUCCCAACACUGAAUCUCACCUACACCCCAGACCUUGCCUCCAAUAAAUCCCUCAAGUUCCAGAGAAUUUCUUCACUCUUCUGUAAAGAUAUAAAUCAGUUGAUGGCCACCCACAGAUCUCGUUUCCCUGACUACCAAGACUGUGUUAUCAACUCUUUCAAGGACAACCCGACGCGCAUGGAGUGGGAGCUGAAAUUCAAGGGCAAAGUUCCAGCCGGUACGGAGGAGAACGCCAAGACCCUGAUAAUGGAGUCAUUCCAACGCCAGAUCUAUGGGGACUACCUGGGCAUUUUGAUAGGGGACAUACUCUUCUAUCUGGACGACUAUAAGUCCACGAAAAUAAGGCUGGAUAAACCGCUGCUCAACUUCACGUCAUUGCCUGCGUUCCAAAAUAAUAGAAGCUUGGAGUAUCAGACGGCUGAAGAACUUCUGUGCGCUGAUGUCGAUAGAAUUAUAAAGAAUCACCCAGAUAAAUUCCAGAACUAUGUUGACUGUAAACUGUAAUUGUUUACCAACGGCACCGAGCCUCGCGUGAACUACGAGAUCACAUUCGAGGGCGAGAAAAACCCCGCACAACUUCUCGAGGAAUACAACAACAUUCUGCUUAAGGAGCUGCCCAAGGAACGCUAUGACCGUUGGCUUGGUUACCGACUCGGAGACC